AUGCCCUCUACCAUGAUGCCUUCACAAGCACCAUCACGCCUUCCCAUUUCUUCCUCUUCAAGGGUCGUCACUGGAACGCGCUGCCACGCGUUUCCUGCCAGACACCAAAACAACCUCGCCCAGCGAGUAAAUCUUUCGAGCAGACACACGCUACAAACAUCCCCACCUCCCUCACAGGAGGAUUGUAGUGCUGAGAACGAGCGUCCUGCUCGCCUUUGGGAGGCACGACCGUGUGAGCCGGAAGUUGAGACGGUUGUCGCUUUUGUUGUGUUGUUGUUUGGGAACUGUUUACUGACGCGUCGAAGCCGCCGCGACGCGUUCCUACGCUCUAUCGCGCUACGGCUGCUGACUAUGGUCAUACUAGACCGUGGCCAAGGAGGUGGGCACGAGGGAGGAGGAUCCAGCCAGAACCUGAGAUCCAGCCAGAACCCGACCAUGCUGAGAAAUGCACAUCGGGGCUGGAAGAAGAGGAUCGACAGGUGGGUCAAGGAGGUCGCGGAGGCGACCAGCAGUCGAAGGCGGGAGGCGUAUCCGCCAGUGGUGAAACAGACUUCUGUUGCGCCAAAGGUCUGGGGUCCAAGAGGUGGGUGGAUGGGUCGGGGGGUUCCCGGUCAGAGCAUAUAUGCCCAUAUGAAAAAGGUGGAAGAGGUUACUGUACGUACACAGGGUUACGAUUUAGGUCUAUGGCUGACGCUUAUCAGGCUGCUCCUGCGGUGUGUGACCCUAGGGGCGGACGGAUGGGCCAGGGAUACAGCGGCCAAAGACGAGAUGCCAGUGUGUCUGUGGUGGAACAGGAUAUCGCACGUUUACCAUGAUAUUUUGGAGAGGAAUGAUUUCAUGGCUAACGCGUAUCAGGCUGCUCCACCAGUAUUUGCCCUCAGGGAUGGACGAAUAAGCCAGGGAGUCAGCGGUCAAAGGCGAGAUGCCAGUGUGCCAGUGGAGGGUCAGGCUACCGCUGCUCCCAAGGUCUGGGGUCAAAGGGGUGGGUGGAUGGGCCGGGGAAACCCAGGUCAGAGCAUACACGCCCACAUGCCAAAAGUGGAACAGAGGACUGUCGUUCCCAGGGUGGUAGAUACUGUGCAGAGGCAGCAAGUUCCUAGGGUACCAGAUAAUGUGCAGAGGAGGAAGAGGGAGAAUAUCCCUCCUGCUGCGCAGCGUUCUACUACAGUGCGUCGCCCGAGACUGAAGAUCACUCGUAACUAUAGACCUCGAACGUAUCAGUCGAUACUCAAGAAGGCUGGAGCGCCCAAGAAGCACAAGUCGGUUAGAUUCGCGGAGUCUGAGCAGGUCCGCACUAUUGAAUGGACAGCAGAGCAUGCCGACGAAAGUCUUAAACAUCUUCUUGAUGAGCAUGCCCUAAAGCCAGUUUCCUGGACGACUGGUUCACUGAACACGCCGAUACUCCGCGAUCCCACGGGUUCCCAUGCGCAAAUGUGGAGGACAGUUGAGACCGAUUACGACGUCAUUACGGGCUUUCGGACAACGCAACAGCGUGCACGUGUCUGUCAGGUACAGGCGUACUACCGGGCCCAGGCACUCGAGGCGCUUGCUACUGUCACGGACCCCGACAUUGUUGUAGUCAAGCAGAUGAUCCCCGGUUUCUACGGCCACAAGUCUAGCAGGGAGAAUCCGUUGUGGUAUGGCGUUGUGAUUGACAAAUAUGAUGCCUUGGAGGAUGCUUUGCCGGUUUUCGCUUUCGGUGAGGCAACUAUUGGUUCCCGUGGUGACUGGGUCUUCAGGAGUGAGGCCUUCCAAUGUCACACUGAUUCGACUGCGCAACCCGGAUUCUAUGGCCGCUACCAAUGUACCAAGGGCGGGAACUGUAGCAGGUUUUCACAUGCAAGGGCUUGCGGGUGUGAAGGAAAGUGGUUUAGGCACUUUGGACCGACUAAUGAUCGCAAGAUACACAGCAUCAUAUACACGCCGAGCUUCAUGAAAGCAUGUACUGCAACCCUCAAGCAAUGGACAGCAGUAACACAGGGCGGAGAUGGUCUGGUUGUGGCCUCGUAUGCGCAACCAGCCGUGACCGCCACCGUAUUCACCGAGCCGGAUGUCGCACAGCCUCAUCCGCGACCAUUUGUUACUGCCCGUCGCCAACCGGACUACCCAAAUUCAGCUCGUUACGAAGCUAGGCCACGGCUUGACUAUUCUCAUGAUUCUCUUUAUGAUGGCACUGCCGCCACAGCUAUGACCAAGCUCACAAACAUGACUGGGUCUACAGACUCAGCUGAAGUCACUAGUUCAGCGCAGUUCACAGACUCAGCCGAGUUCACAACUCAAUCCGGAACAAAACCCACUGUUGGUUUCACGACCAAGUGGGGAUUUCCCUCAAGGCCCAAUUUUGACAAGCCUCCCUCGUUCGAUCCUCAAUUUUUGGAGCAGGUGAAGAAGCAGAUGCUCGAGAAAUACCCUUGGAUGGCGCAUGAUUCCAACGACAAGAGCACCUGGUCUUCAAUAGCCGCGGCUCGUGUCUAA